CUCUGGGACGCGGCUGCAGUUCACACGGAAACAGAGGUCGCCAUGUGACUCGCUGGAAUGAACCCCCAGGCCCAGGCUGGACGCGCUCCGCGGGCUGAGAGCCAGGGCCACCUCUGGUGAUGCUCAGAAUUACUACUGGCACUGCACUCCGGAAUGUCACAAUAUGUUUGCAAUGUAAACCCAGCAAGAAGCUAGACUUUCGCCUGCUUGAGCGUCUGCAAGAAUCAGAAGAUUAAAGAUUAGCCAGGAGCAGCCAACCUGGCCUUUGACCAAGCAUAAGAGACACCAGGCUCCUGGAGAGGGAGCACUCCAGGAGGAGGGCGGAGGGAGGGGUGACCCAGGGAGCGUUGCUGGAACGGGGGCUUGUGGACACCCUCUCGCCGUUCCUGCCCCAGGAUGGAUAUCAUCUUUGGCAAAAAUAAGAAAGAGCAGCGGGAGCCCCUGCAAGCCCACGUGACGGGCCGGAUCCCAGCCUGGCUGCAGGGGACGUUGCUUCGUAACGGGCCGGGGAUGCACACGGUGGGCGAGAGCCGCUACAACCACUGGUUCGACGGGCUGGCACUUAUCCACAGCUUCACCCUCCGGGACGGCGAAGUUCAUUACAGGAGCAAAUACCUGCGAAGCGACACUUACAAGGCCAACAUCGAGGCGAACAGAAUCGUGGUGUCGGAGUUUGGGACAAUGGCCUACCCGGACCCCUGCAAAAACAUAUUUUCCAAAGCCUUCUCCUACCUGUCCCACACCAUCCCCGACUUCACCGACAACUGCCUGAUCAACAUCAUGAGGCGUGGGGGAGACUUCUACGCCACCACGGAGACCAACUACAUCAGGAAAAUCGACCCUGAGACGCUUGACACGCUGGAGAAGGUUGACUAUCGGAACUAUGUGGCUGUCAAUCUGGCGACAUCGCAUCCACAUUACGACGAGGCGGGGAAUGUCCUGAACAUGGGCACCUCCAUCGUGGACAAGGGGAAGACAAAAUACGUGUUAUUUAAGAUCCCAGCCACCGUGCCAGAGCCCCGGCGGGGGACGGACCCCUGGAAGCACACGGCCGUGCUCUGCUCCGUCGCCGCCCGCUCUCUGCUGGCCCCCAGCUACUACCACAGCUUCGGGCUCACCCCGAACUACGUGGUGUUCCUGGAACAGCCCUUCAAGCUGGACAUCCUCAGGCUGGCCACGGCGUACGCCAGGGGCGUGAACUGGGCCUCGUGCCUGACCUUCCACCCGGAGGACAAGACCCACAUCCACGUCAUCGACCGGAGGACGGGCCAGCCGCUGCCCGGGCGCUUCUACGCGGACGCCAUGGUGGUGUACCACCACGUGAACGCCUUCGAGCAGGACGGCUGCCUCGUGUUCGACGUCAUCGCCUACGCCGACAGCAGCCUCUACGAGCUCUUCUACCUGGCCAACCUCGACCAGCACCUGGCGGAGAACGCCAAGCUCACGGCCGUGCCCACCCUCAAGAGGUUCGCCCUGCCCCUCCGCCCGGACCAGAGUGCAGCCGUGGGCUCCAACCUAGUCACUCUGUCGUCCACCACCGUGAAGGCGCUAAAGGAGAAAGGCAGCCGCGUCUACUGCCAGCCAGAGGCGCUGUGUGAAGGCUUGGAGCUGCCGCAGAUCAAUUAUGCUCACAAUGGGAAGCCCUAUCGAUAUGUCUAUGCCGCCAAGGUCCAGUGGACCCCCGUCCCACACCAGAUUGUGAAAUUCGACGUUCUCUCUAAGUCAUCCUUGAAGUGGGAAGAGGAGCACUGUUGGCCAGCCGAGCCGGUGUUUGUGGCCGCACCCGGCGCCCAGGCCGAGGAUGAUGGAGUGGUCCUGUCCACUGUCAUCUCCACCGACCCCCAGAAGCUGCCGUUCCUGCUCAUCCUGGAUGCUAAAAGUUUCACGGAAUUGGCUCGCGCCUCUGUGGACGCGGAACUGCACCUGGACCUCCAUGGGCUGUUUGUCCCGGACGCGCAUGGGGCUGCCAGGGAGCAGGUCCCUUCUCAGGAGGAGCAGGACGGGGUCCCCACCGGCUCCGAGGCCCUGAGGAGCUGAGGCCCUGGGAGAAACGGCCCCAGAGCAUCGCGGCCAGAGGAAGGAGCUCCUUAGUGUAUUUCCUUUCUUUUUUUUUUUUCUUUUUGGGUCACACCCGGUGAUGCACAGGGGUUACUCCUGGCUCUGCACUCAGGAGUUACUCCUGGCGGUGCUCAGAGGACCAUAUGGGAUGCUGGGAAUCGAACCCGGGUCGGCCGCGUGCAAGGCAAACGCCCUACCCGCUGUGCUAUCUCUCCAGCCCCGUGUAUUUCCUUUCUGAUGUUGUGAGUUCGCUUGUCCUGAUCAGCGCCUCAGAGACCGUCUUCCUCGUUAUAAAGAACGU